AUGGGCGCCGUCUGGUCGGCCCUGCUGGUCGGAGGGAGUCUGGCCGGGGCCCUUUUCGUGUGGUUACUGCGGGGCGGCCCCGGGGACGCGGGGAUCAGCAAGGGCGCGGAGCCGGAUAAGGAGGCCCCUGCUAGGGAGGCUGCGACUCCCGGAGGCCGUCCGGGAGGCGGCGACGACAGCGGCGGCCUGAGCCCUGGCCCUGGCAAGCGGGAGCUGGACAGUAAAGCAGAGCAAUAUCAAGAAAGCAACGGAAGGUUGAUUUCUGAAACCAAAGACCUUGGCCACCUGCAGGAGGCAGCAUGGCGACAGCAGAACGCUAAAGGAGGUGUCCGCACUGGCUCCCGGGAGCCUGUUCCUUCUGCGAAUGGCAGCUCCGGGAGCCAUUCGGGAAGUCAAAGUCUGGAAUCUCCUAGAGGAGAAUGGCGAUUUCAGCAUGAACGAGAGGUGCUGGCUAAAGCCGGGCAGCAGCUGCCUUCUAGCAAGACACCUGUGGACAGCACAGAAGUGGGUGUUGCCCAGCUGGACAGUCAGGGUGCUGCUGACCAGGAUUGGGAAAUGGUGUCCAGGCACUCAUCUUGGGGGGACAUUGGUUUGGGAGGUAACCUAGAGCAGGGAACAGAGGGUGGCUGGAACUUUGUGGAAGCAGGAGGUCGAGAAACAGAUGUGAAACCAGGCAGAGUGGUGGCCACAUCAGCAGAGGCCCAGCAAGUUAGCAUCAGGUUCCAGGUGCAUUAUGUGACGGGCACUGAUGUCGAGUUCAUUGCGGUGACUGGAGACCAUGAGCAUCUCGGCAGGUGGAACACUUACAUCCCGCUCCGCUGUAACAAGGAUGGCCUCUGGUCUCACUCUGUUCUCCUGCCGGCAGAUACCGUGGUGCAGUGGAAGUUUGUGUUGGUGGAGAAUGGGGGAGUCACUCGCUGGGAAGAAUGCAGCAAUAGGGUCCUAAAGACUGGCCGUGGGGAUCAAGUGGUUCACGGGUGGUGGGGAAUUCCCUGAUGGAGUCUGCUGAGUGUGAGACACUUCAGCUGCUGCAGCUGGAGGUAAAGUUAAGACAGUGGACUGGGUAGCACACUGAAGAUCCUAAAAGUGGCAUGACUCCAGACUUAGCCAAUGGAGCUGUUUCAGACUUGCUAGUGACUUGAGUCUAAUGUUGUGGUGGUGGUGAUGAUGCUUCCGGUGAAGCUGGACUUUUCCCCAAUGACAAUGAUGGAUUUGUGCUGAUCCAUCAUUACUUUGGGCCUUGAUCCUAUUUGGGGAGUGACCCCUUAAGCUUCUUGAACUGUGGAGCACAAAACCUGACCCAUGGCAGAGUUCCAGUUUCGGCCGUAAGUGAUUCUCAGACCACAGAGCCAAAGAAUCACAGUCAGAAAUAGCUGCCUUUCUAUUGGUCCGACUGAGCAAGUGCUCCUUAUGAUGGGCACAUUUCAGGUAUAGUUACCGCCCCACUGUUAGCAGGACCAGGAGACAUGACUAGGGAGGGGACAGGUGUGGCUGGGAUGUACCCAGCUUUUCUGUUUGAUUGUGCCGGGGCAGUUUUAAUGACAGCGAGUGGGUCCUUAACUUACUGGUCUGUUGAUGGCCUGGAGACGACAGUUACAUCCAUCAUGGGAGCAGCCCACAGGAAUGGGGACUUGAACGGGGUUAGGACAUGGGCUGAGCAGAUGGGGGUAGGCUAAGGGCCAGGUUAUUGCAAGGAAGGCCUUACAAGACAGCCUCUGUCCACUGUGCCUCUCUCCCCCAAGGCCCUCCAGCAACUGUUUCACCAGUCACCGCCCUCCCUCUCCUUUUAUAGCAGUAGUUAUCUUAGCUAGUGCAUUGAUACAGGACAGAAAUACAACCUGGCCUGGAGAAGAAAUAAGCAUAUUUAAAUUAUUGUAAGUGAAUAAAUAAUA